AUCCAAUAAAGAUCAAGGAAUAAAAAGACUUAAAAAUGUUUUCUAUAUUAAAAAUUACUCUAAUAGUUUUGGCUAUUGUCUACUCUUGCACUGAAGCAGCUAAAGUCAAACUUUGCGUUGAUAAUGCUAAAUCUUUGGAAAAAUGUCAAGCUAUGGGUGAUGCAUUAAGAGUUCAAAAAGCUGAUAAGAAUCCUGAUUUUGAAUGUAUUUCAAAUGAUAAAUGCAUUGAUGCUGUUACCGAUGAGUCAGCCGAUGCAACAAUUGUUGAUGCUGAUGAACAUCCAAAUGUUUUGAAAAAACUUGAAGCUGUUUUAUUUGAAUCAUAUGAUGAUAGCAAUUUAAUUGUGGCCUUAAUUGAUGCCGACAAAGUUAAUCAAUUAAAUGAUUUGCCAUUAUCUUAUGACAAAAAAGAUAUUCGUUUGUUCCAUUCUGCUCUUUACAUUAACUAUUAUAGAAAUGGUCGUAAAUGUGAAAGAGUUGUACGUCCAAAUAAAGGAUCACAAAUUAUUUUGGAAAGAUACCAUGAAAUCAAGGAUUCUAAGAAAAAGAAACUUGUUUGCAUUGAAAAUGAAAAAUUAGUUAUCAAAUCAAUAAGUGAAUUCAAAAAUUGCCAUGUAGAAGCAAAUAUUCCUAAUGCUGUUAUGAUAAAGAAAGGUGCAUCAAACAAAAAUGAUGUUAUUGAAGCAUUUUUAACAGCUGCUAAUAAAGUUGGACUUGGACGUCAAUUCCAAUUAUUUGGCCCAUUUAAAGGAACAAGCAAUUUGAUCUUCAGAGAUGAAACUAAAACUUUGGAACGAGUUCAUUCUAAACCAAAUGGAAUAUCUGUUGACAAAUUCUUAGAUUUACAUUGUGGAAGUACUGAAAAUCAUGGUCACGCUCACGAUCAUGAACAUGAUCAUGACGGCGAUCAUCAUCAUCAUCAUUAAGGAUGAACUGAUUUGCAUGAAAAUUGUGUUAGACUUUUUUACUAUUGUAAUAUACUAUAUUUUUUAAGAUUUAAAGAGAGACGUUUGACGAAAAUAAAAUAUUUUUAGUAUACAUUUAAUACAAU